AUGGGAAGACCCGAAGAUGCUGAAAAAUGGAUUAGGGGGGUAGAACGAAUCUUCCAAUACAUAAACUGUGAGGAUAAUGAAAAGGUCAAAUGCGCCACGUACCAACUAGUGGAUGAAGCAGACUUCUGGUGGGAGUCGGUAAAGAACACUAUUACCAAGGAACAAUUGGGAGAGCUGACCUGGGUUGAGUUCAAGGCCAAACUAUUCGAGAAGUAUACACCAGAAUACUACCGUCACAGGAAGCAAAACGAAUUUUGGAGUAUGAGGCAGAGAAACAUGACUGUAGCCGAGUAUGACAGGGCUUUCAACCAGUUAUCUCGCUAUGCUCCACAUCUGGUGGACACAGAUGAAAAACAAACAGAGAAGUACUGCAAUGGUUUGCGCCAUGAAAUCGUAAUCGCCUUUGCAAGCCAAAAGGUCUUAUCUAUGCUUAAACCCUGA